CUGCAUUACUCUAUUAUUAUUUUUAAUUGUUAAAUUUAAUAAAUUUUCGUUCGUACGUGCUAGUUUUAACGCUAUUUCUUUUGUUUUAAAAGGUUUUGUGUGUUGCUUAAACUCUGAUGAUUUUUAUGCUUUUAAAACAUGUUUGACCGCGGAUGCGUUACGAGCCGCAGUUCAUUGCCUUAUGUAAAACUGGAAAUGGUGUUUCUUCCGUGAGUGACCGAAAUAUAUAGUGACUUAUGUGUUCGGUGUUUAGGUCGAAACCAGUGAUAGUGAAUAGUGUAUUAAAAUGUCUAAUUCGACAGCCCAAGUGUUAAUGAAGAAAGGCAAAAGGGGGGCAGCUUCGUACAUACAUGCGGACUGCGCCAGUGGGUCGCCCCAGCACUUGGGGCCACUUUUGGACGUGCUGCUGAACCCUAGCAAGGCUAUUGACGAAUGGGAAACGAUAGAUUGGUGUCGUUGGCUGUUGGCUGGUGGCAGAACACCCGAUGAAUUCGCGGCAGUUGUGCGGAGUUAUGACAAGCACGACAAAUGCGGUCUGGUUUGGAUACCGCGCGUGGUGGCGUACCGCUGCCGUACGUGUGGCAUCUCCCCCUGCAUGUCCAUCUGCAGGGAUUGCUUCCACCGCGGCGACCACUCCACACACGACUUCAACAUGUUCCUCUCACAAGCGGGAGGGGCUUGCGACUGUGGGGAUAAUUCGGUUAUGAAAGAGGAUGGGUUUUGCAGUAACCAUGGCAACAAGUGUCCGCGAACGGGUGCGGCGCCCGCCGAGCUGAUGUGUGUGGCGGAGGCCAUGAUGCCCAGACUCAUACUGCGAUUGCUGCAGCACUUUAGAGAGAACAGUUGGGGUACACAAACCACAUCGGACAGUUAUCGUAUUGCGGUGCAAGAGUGCGAGGGUUAUGUCCAAAUGCUGAUGGAGUUCAACAAUAUGGGCGACCUCAUGCGCUCCGCUAUGACAAAAGCACUUAUAAAUCCACAGAUGUACCGUAACCUGGUGGAGCCGCCGUUUCCGGAUACGGAGUACGGGCGCUACAUGGCCGAGUCCAGUAAGAUGUACGAGAAGGCUAUCGAGUCCUUCCCCGCGCCGGAGCCACCUGACGAAUAUCGCCAUCUACCGGCAUUAGCUCCUCGGCUGCAGCACAACACACUUCUGGAUGAGUUCAUAUUCUGGACAUUCAAGUACGAGUUCCCUCAGAACGUAGUCUGCUUUUUGCUCAACAUGUUGCCCGAUCAAGACUAUAAGGAGCAUUUAACUCGUACAUUUGUGAUGCAUUACGCUCGUAUACCGCUCGUACUAGAAAGCGCAGCAGACCCGGACACAUUGUCCAACAGAGUAGUGCACAUGUCAGUACAAUUAUUCUCUAAUGAGGCGCUGGCAUUACGCUGUGUACAACAACUUCAUCUACUCCAUGUCAUGGUGUUAUCACUGAGGCUGAUGAUGGGCCGCAUCCUCGUCCGCAACUCCCUGCAUGAUCCUGAUGCGAAUCUACAUCGUGUGAUUGACUGCACUCGAAGAGUUAUGAAGGAGCAUUGCUAUUGGCCGCUGGUUUCUGACUUCAAUAAUGUAUUAAGUCAUAAAAGUGUGGCAUUGCUGUUUCUACAAGAUGAUGCGCUUGUGGAUAUGUGGUUCGAGUUUCUUUCAAUGUUGCAAGGCAUGAACGUAAACGUACGUGAAACUGGUGGUCACAUAGAAUUCGAACCGUCCUCGUACUACGCGGCGUUCUCCUGCGAGCUGGAGGCUGCGGCGUACCCGAUGUGGUCAGUGCUCGGCCAUCUGUCGGAGCCUGCGCACGCGCCGCUCGCACGUCGCAUGGUGGCCGCCGCACUCGCAUAUCUACGCGACUGGCUCGACGCUGUUAAUUUUACAACGCCGCAUAUGCAUCGGACGGAGGCCAUGCACGCGUCAUUCCACUUCCCGCUGCACCGCUACCUGGCGGCCUUCCUCUGCGCCGGAGUGCGCUGUCUCGGCCUGCGCGCCGCCGACCUCUUGCCCUCGCAGGACCUGCUGGCGCUGCUCGCCGCCCACCCGCUCAGAGUGCAGAGUCUGUUCUACGAGAUCCUGGCGGGUGUGUGGGUGCGCAACGGGCUGCAGAUCAAAGGGCAGGCGAUGACGUACAUUCAGGCCAACUUCUGCAACUCCAUGGUGGAUAUGGACAUCUACUGGCUACAGAUAUGCGCAGCUCAUUUGCCCGCUGAUCAGUUCCUCGAUAUGUGUAUUGAUAUGUUCGGUGUACGUGAAUGGCUGAGCAUGACGCCGCUGUCGCCGGCUCAAGCGGCCGAGCAAGACGCCAUGCUGGAGGGCCUGCUCACCUUCCUCGCUAUACUCGUAUCCUCCAGAACUAAUUUAGGUAACGACGAGCUGACGCAAUCCCGGCUGGAGGUGAGCACUUUGCUGGCUGCGGGUGACAAGACGCACUCGCAGCUGCUGGAGCUGAUGCCGGAGCGCUCCGGUAACGCGCACACCAGGAACUUUGAGAGCGUACUCAAAGAGUUGUCGACGUAUCGUCCGCCGCCGAAGGGGUCCGAGAACCUGGAACAGGGUCUGUUUGUGCCCAAGCCUGUGGUGUGGGAGCAGCACUAUGACCCCCUGCACGUGCUGCGUCGCGCCGUACACCGCAGGGACUUCCACUCCUCCAUGGACAGAUUCACCGCAUACGUACGGGAAAAGCAAAAGGCGGAGGGAGGUGGCAGUGGUGGCGCAGCAAGCAGUCCUAGCAGUGCGGCCAGCUCGGCGGGGACGAGCUCGGCGAGCGGCUCGGGCACGCUGUGGCCACCGCUCCGACCUGCGCAGGCGCCGCCCGCAGCCGCCGGCGACCCUAGACUCAUCUGUCUCUCCGGAGUGCUGCACGGUGCUCUGCUGGCGGUGCUGCACCGCGGCGUGCGGCGACGGGACGGUGCGGGGGGUGCGGGCGGGGCGGGGGGCGCGGCGCCGCCGGACCACGUGCUGGCGCUCGCUGUCUACCUGCUGGCUGUGGCCGCGGACCUCGCCACACCGCAGCGCGCUCACGAUCGUUCAGUGUGCGUGGCGCACAGUGAGGGCGGGUCGCGUGCACGUUGUGUACGUGGAGUACCAUUGCUGCGUGCGUUCGCUGGCGGCGCGCUGUGUGACAACGCACGCACUGUGGUCACUGCUGUACCCCCACUGCACCGACCACAAGCACGACCACAUCUCUACCCCAGACAUGCCUCCACAUAUCACUCCGACAGUGAUACAGAAUGGGAGCCUUCAGAAUCGGAAGCGGGGAGACUGCCUCCACCCAAUAAGUCUGUGUCCUUACCAGCGACUAGCACUGCUUUAGCUGUACCUACCGCCAUGCAGAUGGCGCGAUUGGUGCAUAGAAACUCAGUUCCCGAUGACCAAUCAGAUGCCGGCGGUGAUUCAACAGAAGUACGAGCGUUAGAGAGUGGAAGUGGAGAAAGUCAAGCUCUGGUGCUGCAGACCCUGACCGAUUCUGACAUGGACUCCGACAACCAAAUGACCCUGGCGAUACCCACACAGAGUGAUCUGGACACACCUCCAGUUCCCAUUGAAUAUGAUACAACAGACCCUUUGGAGACUCACUGGCAGGCGCUGCCCGCGCCCCCCGCCGCGCCCUCCCCACCAGUACCCUCCUCCGCAGACACACAGAUGCAAGUACACAAUCAACAACCGGACGAAUCUAUCCCAGUGAACGAAUCUAUUAUAUCUUUACUGCUCAAAUUGCACUCGCAAAUGUCUGGAAGAUUGGAUUCAUUUUCUUUGGAAGAACCUGCGCCAGCGUCACAGGAACCUAUCGGCGAUGGUCCAUAUUUCAUAGGUCAAGUGUUACGUAAGCUGGCUGCGCUGGACGCGCGCUGCGCCGCCGCCGUGCAGCAUGUACGCCGAACUCUCUGGCCUCACCAGCGAGAGCGGCAAGCGGAGCAGCGUGCUAGGGAGCGUCGCGAGAAGGAGGAGCGUUCUCGUCGCGCCCGCGAGCGCCAGCAGGCGGUGAUGCGAGAGUUCGCGCGACGUCAGCAGCAGUUCCUGUCUGCGAUGAGAGCUGAGGCCGGCGACGCCAUGGACUGGGAGGACGAGCAGCCGGCGCGAGACUACGACUGUGUCAUCUGCAACACCACCGCCCCCGCCACACACCACGACCCUAUAGGACUCGUCGUCCUGCUGCAGUCAACAUCGGUGCUGGGUCACCGACGUCGCGCCGGCAGUGGUGGUGCGCGGCUGGCGCUGUGCGAGGCGGAGCGCGCGCGGCUGGCCGGACAGCGCGAGCUCACCGCCGCCGCGCACCACUAUCGCCUGCACGAUGACCUGCACCAGCACUUCGACCAGGAGUCGUGGGUGGUGAGCGUGAGCGUAGGGUGGGAGGGUGGUGUGCACGCGCAGUCGUGCGGCCACCACCUGCACUUGCGCUGUCUGCGCGCGUACCUGCGCUCGCUGGCCGCGCCCCGCCCCCACAACCUACAUGUGGAGCGCGGCGAGUUCCUCUGCCCCGUGUGCCGCCAGCUCGCCAACAGCGUGCUGCCGCUCGCACCAGCACCGCCCCGCUCCUCAACCACGCCCUCACCCGCCUCCCCCACCUCCCCCGCCUCGCCACUCGCUCCACCCGCACCACCCUCACAAGUUGAACAGAUACUGGACAUGCUCGAACGCGAACAUCCACCCCCGAGCCCCUCGCGUCUGUCGGAGGCGAUGGGCAAAGCGAUGGAGGACAUGACGGCGAUGGCGGGCGGCAAGCUGAAACAGCGCUACGGCUCCUCGCCCGCGGCCAUCUUUACAUUCGUGGCGUCCCUCGUGCGCAGCAACGUGGAGUGCGAGCUGGUGCAGCGCGGCGGUGCUCUGCUGCGACACCCCGCGCCGCGGUACAAACCACGAGAUGACUGCAUCGUGCCAUUGAUGGCGGUGGCUGGAGCACACGCGCGUGCACUAGCGGCAGCUGGUGCAGCGCUAGGUGCCGCCAACACGUGGCGCGCGCUGCGGCCCGCUCCGCAGGGUGGUGCGGGGAGUGCGGGGCAGGGCGGGGGCGCAGUGGCCGCCGCGCCCGGCGCCGCCAGCCGGCCCGUGCCGCUGCUGCUGCGCGACCCCCUGGCGCUGCUCAUGCACCUGCUGCUGCUGGCACCACACACCGCGCCCUAUCUAGAGAUACAACAUUUUACGUGCAUAGUGAGCUCGCUGUACGCGCUGACGUACUACCAAGUGGUGUGUCAGCUGCUCGCCGGUGGUGAGGCGGGGCUGUGUGAGGCGGGGGCGGGGCCGGGCGAAGCGGAGGCGGAGGGCGGGGCCGGGUGCGCGGUGCGGGCCGCCGCGCGCCUCAUGCUGCCGGCGCUGGCGGGUGCCGCGCUGCUCGACGACGACGCGCCCCCGACCACGCAUCAGGCCGCCAGACCGCUCGAUGUCGACCUGCUAGAGGCGCAGGUUCAAGAGCUCCUCCUCCCGUUCCUUCGUAUAUCCGCACUGUUGCGGAAGCACAUCUACGGCCAGCCGUUGCCCGACAUCGACAACGCGCAAGAGGAGUUCCCGCAGCUGGUGCAGUACCUGGACCUGGUGCAAGGAGGUAUAGGUGGGGAGGUGCGAGCCGCCUCGGCGCUGCACGAGGACGCGCCUCAAGCUGCGCGCGCAUGGGCACGCCAGCUCGCCGCCGCCGCUACUGGCGGACAGCUCGCUAUACGUCGUGUGAUCCGGUCGCUUCACGUGUCGUGGUGUCAGCCUGCACUACUGGCUUUGCCGCGCGACUACGACCGCCUGUUCACGUACUACCACGAGCGCGUGUGCCUGCAGUGCGGCGCCGUGCCCAAGGAGGCCUCCGUCUGUCUACUUUGUGGUACCCUCGUCUGUCUCAAACAGGCCUGCUGCCGCCGACAUCAGGUCGCCGAGGCUGUACAGCACGCGAUGGAGUGUGGAGGUGGCACGGGCAUCUUCCUGGUGGUGACUUCGACGUAUAUAAUUGUGAUCCGCGGGAGACGCGCCUGUCUGUGGGGCUCUCUGUACCUCGAUGACUACGACGAGGAGGACCGGGACCUGAAGCGUGGCAAGCCGCUCUACCUCAGCCAGGACCGGCUGGAGCUGCUGCAGGCGCAGUGGCUCGCGCACCGCUUCGACCACACCAAGCGCACCUGGGUCUGGCAUCGUGACUCGCUAUGAGGUACAGACUUCAAAGAAGAUUCUCAGUACAUAAGACAAUUUGUCGCAAAUGUCUCCACGUCCCUAAAUAUUUAUUGCUUACUAACACGUUACUGUGUCUCCACUGUUGUGAUACAUGUAUAACAACAAGUUCUCAUCUUUGAAGAAAAUAU